AUGGGUAGGGUUCCGCAUCUGAACGAAGACGAUGAGGACGGUGAGAAUUGGCCUGAGUAUUUGAGCACGAAUCGAUGGAUGUAUCUGCGUGCCGGAUCCCACUUGAGACCAAUCGAAAGGCGUAAGCAACGUGAGUGUGCGAUGUGGCGCAAUGCAAAAGAUAUCGAAUAU